GAGUAGGAAACUGCCUUGGAAGUUGGAACUCGGUAGAGAGAGAGAGAUGAAUUGAACCUCGUGGCCCCAUUGCCGACUUCACCACUCCGAUAACUUUCACGUGUUCGAAAACAACCCACCAGACUCCGCUCCCUCCUCACUCCCACCCUUUCUUCUUCAACCUCUCUCCCUCUCUCUCUCUGCAGUUCAAUUCUUCUUCAUUCAUGGCGGUCCUCAGCCGCCUUCUGAGAGCCAGAGGCACUUCCUUGUCCUCCGUAACUCGCGCCUUUUCUUCGUCCGGCGUAAAUUCCAAAAUUGACUUCCGACAGUCGUCGUCUUCCCUCAACCACGCGCCCCUUCCCCUACUUCAUGGCCCCGAGGGCAGGAGUGUCCAGUGGGUGUUUCUCGGCUGCCCCGGCGUCGGCAAAGGCACAUACGCCGGUCGCCUCUCUAAACUCCUUGGCGUCCCCCACAUCGCCACCGGCGAUCUCGUCCGCGAGGAGCUCUCCUCCUCCGGUCCCCUCGCUUUCCAGCUUGCAGAGAUUGUUAAUCAGGGGAAAUUGGUUUCAGAUGAAAUUAUAAUAGAUUUAUUGUCCAAGCGUCUUGAAGCUGGAGCAGCAAAGGGUGAAUCAGGAUUCAUUCUUGAUGGUUUCCCUCGAACUAUGAGACAGGCGGAAAUAUUAGAUGGAGUGACUGAUAUUGACCUGGUGAUUAACCUAAAGCUUCGAGAAGAAGCAUUGCUUGCAAAAUGCCUUGGAAGAAGGAUUUGUAGUGAGUGUGGAGGGAAUUACAAUGUGGCCUCAAUUGACAUCAAGAGUGAGAAUGGGCGCCCUGGAAUGUACAUGGCUCCACUUCUUCCUCCUCCACAUUGUUCAUCGAAGCUUAUCACUCGGUCUGAUGAUACUGAAGCAGUCGUAAAGGAACGACUCCGCAUAUACAAUGAAAUGAGUCAACCUGUAGAGGAUUUCUACCGCAAUCAAGGGAAGUUGUUGGAGUUUGAACUUCCAGGAGGAAUCCCGGAAUCAUGGCCUAAGCUGCUUCAAGCUCUGAAUCUGGAUGAUCAUGAGGAGAAGCGGACAGCUGCAGCAUAAGUUCUGCACCAUGUUCCCUAAUUUAAGUUGAUUCUUUGCAUGCGUGAGAUUUUCACGCAUUAUGAUUUUGAAAGAACGCAUUAUAUGCAAACAAUAGCUUAAAUCUGUUUAUGGGGCUGCCAGAGGUUUGUCCGAAUGGCAAAGGCAUAAUGUUGUUACUACCAUCAAUUUGUUGAAAUAUAAUUCAGUUUGUUCUUAAUUAUCUUGUUGUUUACAGUUGUCAAAAAAUUUAGCCAUUCAAAUGUCAAUCCACAUUUUGGUCA